UUUUCGUCUAGUCGCACAUGGUGCCACACCGGCCGAACGCCUCCAGCCUCUUCGGUUUAGGGAUUUUUGCUCCUUUGUAGCGAGAACUCCCGUCUCGUAGUCCCGUUAAAUGCAAGAUACGGUGGAUAUAAUGGACGACGCCGAGUACGAAGAGGAGGAACCCUCCUUUAGUGAUCCAGAAGACUUCGAGGAUGACAUCGAGGACGAGGAGUUCCUGGAUGACAUCCUAAGGGAGAAGCCUCUGGAGGCUGAUGGCAUUGACUCUGUGGUGGUGGUGGACAACGUUCCCCAGGUGGGCCCAGAGCGUCUGGAGAAACUCAAGAACGUCAUCCACAAGAUUUUCUCCAAGUUUGGCAAAAUCACCACCGAGUUCUACCCAGACGCUGAUGGCCUGACCAAGGGCUACAUCUUCCUGGAGUAUGCUGCUCCAACUCAGGCCCUCGAGGCAGUGAAGAAUGCAGAUGGAUACAAACUGGACAAACAGCAUACGUUCAGGGUCAACCUUUUUACCGACUUUGACAAGUACAUGAACAUCAGUGAUGAGUGGGAAACUCCAGAAAAGCAGCCUUUCAAAGAUUUUGGUAAUAUGCGUCACUGGAUUGAGGACCCAGACUGCCGUGACCAAUACAGUGUGAUCUACGAAGCUGGUGAGAGGACCGCCAUUUUUUCCAAUGAUGCAAAGGAGCCAAUCACAGCCGAAGAGAGAGCCCGUUGGACAGAGACAUAUGUGCGCUGGUCUCCUAAAGGCACCUAUUUGGCCACAUUCCACCAGCGUGGCAUUGCAUUGUGGGGCGGUGAGAAGUUCAAACAGAUUCAGAGGUUCAGCCACCAGGGUGUGUCCCUCAUUGACUUCUCACCAUGUGAGAGGUACGUGGUGACCUUCAGUCCACUGAUGGACACAAAGGAAGACCCUCAGGCGAUCAUCAUCUGGGACAUUCUGACUGGACAGAAGAAGAGAGGCUUCCACUGUGAGAGCUCUGCUCACUGGCCCAUAUUUAAGUGGAGCCAUGAUGGAAAGUUCUUUGCCAGGAUGACCAUAGACACACUGAGCAUCUAUGAAACUCCAUCUAUGGGCCUGCUGGACAAGAAGAGUCUUAAGAUUAAUGGAAUUAAGGACUUCUCAUGGUCUCCCGGUGACAACAUCAUAGCAUUCUGGGUACCUGAGGACAAAGACAUCCCAGCCAGAGUCACUCUGAUGCAGUUGCCUUCCCGCCAGGAGAUCCGCGUCCGCAACCUUUUCAACGUUGUUGACUGCAAACUGCACUGGCAGAGAAAUGGAGAUUACCUGUGUGUGAAAGUGGACAGGACUCCAAAAGGAACACAGGGCGUGGUUACCAACUUUGAAAUCUUCCGCAUGAGAGAGAAGCAGGUUCCUGUUGAUGUGGUGGAGAUGAAAGAGAGCAUCAUAGCUUUUGCAUGGGAGCCCAAUGGCAGCAAGUUUGCGGUUCUCCAUGGAGAGACCCCCAGGAUUAGCGUCUCCUUCUAUCAUGUCAAAAACAACGGCAAGAUUGAUCUGCAAAAGAUGUUUGAUAAACAGCAGGCCAACAGCAUUUUCUGGAGUCCUCAGGGACAGUUCCUGGUGCUGGCUGGACUCAGGAGUAUGAACGGCGCUCUCGCCUUUGUGGACACGUCAGACUGCACCAUGAUGAACAUAGCAGAGCACUACAUGGCGUCUGACGUGGAGUGGGACCCGACUGGUCGCUACGUCGUCACCUCUGUCUCUUGGUGGAGCCACAAGGUGGACAAUGCGUACUGGCUGUGGACGUUCCAGGGCCGUCUUCUUCAGAAGAACAACAAGGAUCGCUUCUGUCAGCUGCUGUGGAGGCCAAGGCCACCCACCCUUCUCAGUGUCGAUCAGAUCAAGCUGAUCAAGAAGGAUCUCAAGAAGUACUCCAAGAUCUUUGAGCAGAAGGAUCGUCUGAGCCAGUCCAAGGCUUCAAAGGAGCUGGUGGACAAGCGCAGGGCCAUGAUGGAGGAGUAUCGUAGCUACAGGGAGAAAGCGCAGCAGACCUAUCAAGAACAGAAGAGCCUCCGUCUGGAGCUCAGAGGAGGAGUGGACACUGAUGAGCUGGACAGCAACGUGGAUGACUGGGAAGAGGAGACUAUUGAGUUUUUUAUCAACGAAGAAAUCAUUCCUCUUGGAGAUCUGUAGUACCCAACGCAGUCAUUCCGUUUUUUGUGUGGAGGGAGGAGAGAGAGGAGCUGCGUCAUUGACUGGAGAAGGACGACGACCACGCCGUGAAUCUUGAGGUUUACCACAAGCCUUGAAUUUCAACAUUAGCUCAAUCAUCAAAGCACGCCUCGCUGAUAGGCAGCCACGACGAGGGACAAGAGAGGAUACUUGUGAUACUAGUGAAUAUUUUCUCUUUGUCUCUCACCACCAUAGUCUGCCCCAGGUUUUGAUUUUUUGUCUUUGGUGGAACUUUAUAUCUAGUAAAACUGAUUGAUUUUUUUUCUAUCCAUCAAUUGGAGCUACUAACUCUAAUCCUAUAUUGGACUUCUCCUGCCUAAAGGUGUUUUUUUUUUCUCAACUAGCCUCACCAUGCUAGUGUGUUACCACAGUGCAGCACUGAGUGCCAUACCUGCAGGGGGUGGAGGUGUUGUGAUGAAACGAGGAGCCUUGUUUAAUAACGUGUUGAUGUGGCGCUAUAGUGGCCUCUAUCCUCCUCCUUUCAGACUAGGCUUUCACAGAGGGAGGGGUUGUGCAGUGGGAAUAACUUUAAAUAAACAUCCAAACUCUGUACUACC